CAGAUAUUUGCACACGUGAAUACAAGGGACGUAACAGAGGUCUAUUUUAGUGAGCCAUUCACACGCAGGAUUCAACCCAUAUAUCCAUCACGAAAAACAUAUAAAGUUUAUUGUUCUUCAACGCCACCACACAACUCAUCCUGCUCUGAUUGCCUCCUAGUUCAAGCAACUAUACAGAGAAAAAAACAUGUCUGAAGGACCGAAAAAAACUAAGUAUACUGCCACAAGGCGGCUGCACUUAAAAAGCAAAUUAUUGAAGAAGGCCACGUCUAUGCUGGCAGCUGAAAAAGAGCAGAAUAAAAGAGAGAGGGAUGAGGCUCUUAAUGAGAGGGUUCCUCCUCUCAAACUAUCUGGUUUGUCUGCACAGGAGCUCCAGGAACUUUGCAAAGAGCUUCACCGCAAGAUUGAUGUUGUUGAUGAGGCUCGAUACGAUCUUGAAAUGAAAGUGGCUAAAAAUGAAAUAGAGAUCCAGUCGUUGACCCAGAAGAUUUGGGAAAUGAAGGGUACAAAGCAACGAACCAAACUGAAGAGAGUUAAGAAGUCACACGAUGCCAAGCUCGAUGCACUGACUGAAUCCAAAUUGUCAUCAAAGUCAGAUUUCAAAGCCAACCUGAAGACAGUAAAGAAAGAAGAUGAGAAGAAAGAAGAGGUGACUGACUGGCGUAAGAAUGUGGAGGCUAUGUCUGGAAUGGAGGGCAGGAAGAAGCUGUUUAAUGCUGGACAAUAAAAACGUUACAAAGUAAACUAGUGACUUGAAAUCCAGCACAUUUACCUACCAAGCUUGUUAAUUCAAGGUUGCCAUUGUUUUUUACUUCUCAGACUCUGUAACAAGAAAUGUGUACCCAGACAAGAAGGUUUCUAUCAUAAAUGGUUGGAAGCAAGAAAAUCCAAACUGUACAAAUUAGAAUUCUUGUGACUAAUAAUAUCAAUGAAACACACAGAAACUGUUUAUAAUGUGCAUAGUUUUAAGUGUUUUUGUAGGUGAUCUUAGCACUUUGUUCGUCUUUACCAGUUUUCCUUUGCUCAAACUGGAAAUUAAUUAAAAUGCAAUGUUGUGAAAUAGUGCUGUUUAGGAAUAAAAGAUGUCAGAUAUUGUAACACUUUCUAUGCUACUGAAAGUAAAAACUACAAUGUAAUGGCAUUCCAAAAUUAAAUGACCCCAUGCACAAAGAAA